AGAGAGCUGUGUGGUGGCAAGACCGCAGCAAUAACAAAACAUCUGGAGCGUUCAGAUCAUACUCCUGUGUUCCAAAAGCUUUAAAUCAUGUUUUCAUGUGUAUUUAUUUAAAUCAACGUUGUGCAAGUCCUCAUGUGUCACUGUGCUGUAACUUGUGGAUGCAUCUCGGCUCCAACACACCUGAAUCAGAAGGCUAAGUUGGCAUGUUGGCAAGUUUUGCAAUGGCCUGGCUUUGAUUCAGGUGUGUUGGAGCAGAAAUGCAUCCACAAGACUGCGAAUACGAUAAAGGACUCCAUGGAAAAUGAUGCCUAAAUGAAUGCAUUGGCUCACAUACUUUUAGGAUUUUGAAGAGUGGGUUUUAGGUGCUAUUGUUAACCAUUUACUCCUGCUAAUAUAACAUAGAAAGACGCGUGCCUGACCACCACCUGGGUGAAAUGUGUUCCAGUGGCUCAGCCCAUAUGUAUGUUGAGAUUUAGUAAACUCCAAAAUACCUUAUUAAUGAAUACAAGGAAUUAUCAGUUACUCUGACAUGCAGCUUAUUUAAUGUGUUGACUGAACAUAACUGACUGUAUAUUUAACGUUAUUACACAACGGGUGUUACAGGCUGUGGAUGCUUAGCAGCUUACAAGGUUUAUUAAAGGUUUUCAACUCGAUGAACAUUUGGUGCUGCGUGUCAAGAAUAAAACUGAAAUCUGACUGCCUUCCAUUUCCUGCUUCCUGCUGGGUCCUCCUCUAAUCUCUGAUUGUUUCUAAUGAGAUGAACUGACUAUGUUGCCAUGCUUUGUUUCAUGAGAGGAUCCUUCACACAUACAACCUGCCAGGUAAAUGCAUUACUCACACAGCUGACGGAAAUGCCAGGACUAACAUGCAUGAUUGGCCUUUUUUCCUGUUCAGGCUCCCAGAAAGACUCAAUAACACAUUAACUUUAAUGAAGUGAUUAUGGAAUGCUUUUUUCUGCUGCCCAGUGACUUAAUUGAGUUCUCACCUUUAAAAACAUUCACUUACAACUGUUGUGUCUUCACAUGUAGGAGCUAAAUGCAGAGUUCCUGGCAGAUGUGUCACAUUCUCUCUCCAUGAUCCCAUAUAUCCCGUUGUUCUUUCCUCAAGUCAAAGCAAACAGCACUCCAGUUGACAAAGUAAACAGUGCAGAGACAAAAAAAGCAACCUUUGCAAUGAAAAUCAGUGUAGAACAUAAUAAAAGAACGGGCAAAAAUCAAGUGGUUUCUACAACAACUAUAUGCCCAGAAAGUAUUCAAGAGAGUGGGCAAAAGGUAUAUGAUGAUGGACGCAAGUCUGUUUAUGCACUACAGCCAGAAGAAGACAAAGUUCCUAAUGGAGUGGUUAGAGAGAUGUCCAGCACUGAAGUGGAAGAACUUCUGCAUCAGGCCACAGAUAAAACAGUGCCUGCUGAAGUGCAUUACCAUCAUCCAGUGUACUCUGUACCAUACACAGGGAACAGCAGAUCUUCAACACCAAGGGUACCAACUCAAAUACAUCUCAAAGAUAAAACACAGUUUAUUCAUGACCAACAAGAUCAGAAAUCUUCACUUCAUCAAAACUACACUUCAAGAGCCUUCCGGCCUGAUGAGGAAGCAAACUUUCACUGGCUCAGCACUGUGCAACAAAUCAACAACAAUAUGGAUCUAAAUGGAAGGUUAAACCUCAGUGCCAAAACUACAGCAGAAUUCCCCAACAACGCAGACACUAGCAGCGCAGAGCCAGAUGGUCCUGUGCCAGUUACAUUGCGAUCCAAAGGACUGCCUGCAUCAAUGCCACCAAUUUACAGGGAUGUAGAUCAACUUGUACUUUCAUUAAUCAGUGGCACAACUGAAGCUGAUGAGACACUGAAUGACUUUCACUUACACGCUGCCACAGAAAGUACUGCCUCUGUGAAUCUCAUCAACACAUUGCCAGAGGAUCAAGAGGAGGAAGCAGUUACGAUGAUUUUCAUUGGCUAUGAAAAUGCUUUAGAUGAAGAGGAGGAAGACAUCCAAGCUGAGCUAGUAAUCUUAGGCGACAAUGAGGGUGAAGAUGAUGAUAAGUGUCUAGAUAAUAUGAACUCCAGAGAAGAAUGUCUGUCAUAUCAUCCAGAAGGAUGCAAGAGUAAAAUCUUCCAACCCACAGUGGAGAUAGCCAAGGUUGCUGGAGGAGGAGACGCAGCUGAAGACACCUACACAAACUGGAGGGAUUUGAAGCUCCACAAGCCAACGUUCAUCCACAAGCCAGGAAAACACAGCUGCUAUACACAAGGGCAGAGCAUGGAUGAGCCUCCCAGCAGGGAUUGCAUCGAUCAAGUUCAUCAUGAGUGCCACUUGUGUUAUAGCCACCGCCUGGCAAAGUGUUCUCAAUACAUAAUCUCAUCAAACUUUGAGUGUCAAGUCUAACCACUUUUAACUAAAUGUUACUCAGCUGAUCUAAUUGUAGUCACAAGCAGUUUAUUACUAACUAAUAUAAAUAUAUUAAGCUCUAUGUUAAGGUUCUGCUUUGGUGCUGUAUGUUUCAUGGUUCCUGGUCACUGGCUUCAAGAAUUCUUUAAAGUACUUCUUGAUUCUGAGAUCAUACAAGUAGCUAUAUAUCACAAAGUUCACAUAUUAUUAUGACCCAAGGAAAAAAAAAUUCAAUGAUAAAGUGGAUUUUUAAGGCUUUUUGGCGCAAGGCUCAUAAAAAAUGUUGCGCCGGGUGUCACGUGACCGAUGACGUAAUUUGUUGACAAGCGUUGAUCUGUUGACAUUGCAGCAAGUUACUUCCUGGUUGCAAACUCGCUUUCUCAAACACAAAAAGCCAGAUUAAACAUGGCUAAAAAGCGUGUGGCUUAUGGUUGGUUAAAUACCAACAAGGAUAAUGUCUCCUUACACACAUUUCGGAACCCGAAAAGUCCCGGUGUUGUGUGAAAAUCUGUUCCCCUCUGUGUCGGGAGCGCGCAUUGCAGCCAGAGAGGCGGGGUUUCACGACUUCUGAUCGAUUUCUCGGUAAAACAACUCAUAUAAUCAUGUCAAGGUUGUAACAUUCAGUUUAAUCAGCAGCUGUUGUUAAGAAAAUUGUAAAAUAAAAAUAAAUAAACGCUGUCUUCAUGCAGCUGAAAUGUCCAUUCUCUCCUCCCUCCAUAACUUUGGGAAAUAAAGAGCAACUGUUUCCAAAUUCCUUAAAAA